UGCUGCAGGCCCCCGCCAGCCAAGAAAGGAUGCGCUGUCCCCCUCGCAUCAGGUUGCCUGUACAACAGUAGAAACAUCAGUAACCACCACUUCUGCAUCCAAUCCAGAAAAGAAACACACAGGAGAAACCAUGCGUGAGUGCAUCUCUGUUCACAUUGGCCAAGCUGGAGUUCAAAUUGGCAAUGCGUGUUGGGAACUCUUUUGUCUGGAACACAGCAUUCAACCAGAUGGCACCUUCAGCGACCCACCCAGCAAUGAUGACUCUUUUGCCACAUUUUUCAGAGAGACAAGCACCAGAAAAUACGUACCCCGGGCUAUUAUGGUGGACUUAGAACCAACGGUAGUAGAUGAAGUGCGGACUGGCACCUACCGGCAGCUUUUCCACCCAGAACAGCUGAUCACUGGAAAAGAAGAUGCAGCAAAUAAUUAUGCACGUGGCCACUACUCCAUUGGCAAAGACAAAAUUGACAUGGCAUUAGAUCGUAUCCGCAAACUGGCUGAUGCCUGUUCUGGACUGCAGGGAUUCUUGAUCUUCCACAGCUUUGGUGGGGGCACUGGCUCUGGCUUUACCUCCUUGCUGAUGGAGCGGCUCUCUGUGGAUUACGGGAAGAAGUCCAAACUAGAGUUUGCCAUCUACCCUGCCCCUCAGGUUUCCACCGCUGUGGUGGAACCCUACAAUUCUAUCCUCACCACACACACCACCCUGGAACACUCAGACUGUGCUUUCAUGGUGGACAAUGAGGCCAUCUAUGAUAUCUGCCACCGAAACCUAGACAUUGAGCGCCCAACUUACACUAACCUCAACCGCCUCAUCAGCCAAAUUGUCUCCUCCAUCACCGCCUCGCUGCGCUUUGAUGGUGCCCUCAACGUGGAUCUGACAGAGUUCCAGACAAACCUGGUUCCCUACCCACGCAUCCACUUCCCCUUAGUGACCUACGCCCCCAUCAUCUCUUCUGACAGAGCAUAUCACGAGCAGCUCUCGGUGGCUGAAAUCACCAGCUCCUGCUUUGAGCCCAACAACCAGAUGGUGAAGUGUGACCCACGACAUGGGAAGUACAUGGCCUGCUGCAUGCUCUAUCGAGGUGAUGUAGUUCCCAAAGAUGUCAAUGUAGCAAUUGCUGCCAUCAAGACCAACAGGUCCCUCCAGUUUGUUGACUGGUGUCCAACGGGCUUCAAGGUUGGGAUCAACUAUCAGCCUCCUACGGCUACACCUGGAGGAGACCUUGCCCAAGUCGAGCGAGCAGUCUGCAUGCUGAGUAACACCACAGCCAUUGCAGAGGCCUGGGCAAGGCUCGAUCACAAGUUUGAUCUCAUGUAUGCCAAGAGAGCCUUUGUGCACUGGUAUGUAAGUGAAGGCAUGGAAGAAGAAGAAUUUGCAGAAGCCCGAGAGGACUUGUCUGCCCUGGAGAAGGACUACGAGGAAGUAGCAACUGAUUCAUUUGAGGAUGAAAACGAUGCAGGGCAACCUUAAAACUUAAUCUGCCUUUUAAUGUGCAUAAGAUUGUCUCUAUGUCUCUUUAUUUCAUGUGGCUGCAUUUUCACUUUUCUCACACAUACCAAGUCCAUUGGUACCUUAGUAGAAUGUAAACAGUGAGUUGUCCACUAUGAGACCACAAGACAGCAAUCACAGGAUACAUAACCAGCUAAUCAUUAGUUACUUUGCCUCAGAACACAACAGCUGUCAUAUUUCUUGCUAAUAUAUUCCUGAAAGGAAGUUUACUUGUGGAAGGAAGAGUCCCUCUGACUUCUGUACUGUCAUUUAUGCAACAUAAAGAUAGCCAUGCAGCUGUAAUAUUAUUUGAGGAACUCUGUUGCUUCAAAAUUUCCCACAUUACUACAAACACUAUGUGAAGAGGAGUUACCUGAACUUCUCAGUCUUUAUUUCAUAUUAAUUCUAAACAUAACGCUUGUAAAGCUGUCCUACUUUAAGAUGCAGUGAGAAUUCUGUUGGUGCUGAGAACACACACCUAGUCUGAGUUCCCUUGCUUCUGCACAAUCCACAGUGUGGGGUGGUUGGAAGGUGUGAUUUUGCCAGCUGCCAAGAGUAGGGACACAACUUGGGCAACUCUUUGCUUCAACAUGGAUUUAGAACAUGCUAUGC